AUGAAGCUCUCCCUCGGCUCAGCCCUUGUGGGCCUGGCAGUUGCCCACGCAUCCACCAUCGAGUACAGUGCCGUUACAGGCUAUUUCUUACAAGAUGAAGAUUCAACCGAUGCCUCUACUUUCGACUAUACAGCGGAGAACUUCGGUCUAAUCAACCGCACUUACCCCGCAGACAAGCACAUCAAGAAGCACCAAUCUCUCACUCAAUGGGAGCGCUUCUACCGCCAAGUCUCCCAACUCAAUGAAGACGCCCCCAAAAACGUCGAGUACAAGGUCCUGUUCCUAGGCUGCCACGGCGAGGGAUGGCACAAUGCCGCGGAAACAUACUACGGUACACCAGCCUGGAACUGUUACUGGGCCGAACUAGACGGCAAUAGCACAGCGACCUGGGCCGACGCCUCUCUCACAGACAAUGGUGUCUCCCAGGCUCUGGCUGCCAACACAUUUUGGCAGAAAGAGAUCAACGAGCAGCGCAUCCACACUCCAGACCACUACUAUGUCAGCCCAUUGACCCGCACCCUGCAAACCGCCAACUUGACCUUCACAGGCUUGGAUCUGCCCAAAGGCAGCGCGAGCUUCAAACCUACCAUCAAAGAGCUCUUCCGCGAGGGAAUCAGCAUCCACACUUGUGACCACCGUCGCAGCCGGAGUUAUAUCCACAAGCUAUUCCCUUCGUGGCCUAUUGAGAAGGGUUUCAGCGAAGAGGAUGAGCUGUGGAAUGGCGUGACGGCGGAGACUAGUGGCGCGCAGGAUAUUCGAAGUACGACGGCGUUGGGUCAGGUUUUCUUUAGCUCUUCUUCUAAGAAGGAGUCUUUUGUUUCGAUUACUUCGCAUUCUGGUGAGAUUUCGUCGAUUCUGCGGGUCUUGGGACACAGGACUUUCAAGUUGAAUACUGGUGCUGUGAUUCCGGUGUUGGUGAAGGCGAAGAAGACGGGUAAGGAGUCUGCUACUACUUCUGUUCCUUGGACUGCUGAGCCUCAUUGCACUGAGCCGCCUGUUUCGUCGGUUUCGGCUUGUGUUUGCCCUUCGAGUGCGGUUCCGGUUACUACGGCUCUGGCUACUGGCUUUUGA